AUGCUCGUGUACGACCCAGACGACCCGCAAGCGAACCGGUGGCACCCAUUCGCGGAGAUGCGCGAAGAAAGGGCGGAUCCGGAAACCGAAACCGAGACCGAUGAAUGCACACAACCCGCCCCAGCGCUCGCAGCUGCGUUUCCCGAGUUCGCCACGGCCCAAGAAGGACCGGAUGGGCGGCCGUGGGCGGACGUAGAGUUUGCACGGAACCGUACGGUCGUGUUCCUUGGAGACAGCAUCUCGCGCUACACUACCAAGUACUUCUGCGACAUGGUUGGUGAGCGUGUCGUCGAACUUAACUGGCAACACCCAUGGUCUCCGCUUGAGAACCUAAAGGACGGAACAAGUCUCAACGCGAUGGAGCGAGACGACGCAAACCUCGACCCGUUCGGGUGGCACCUUCUACCGCCGGGGAACCCGAUCAACCACACUGCGCACUACUGUUACGCUCCUGGGACGGACAUCCUCCUGGUCCACCUGCAUUCGUACGGGCUGGACGAGGAAGACUUCUGGAUCUCCAAGCCAUCGUAUAUUCCACCGUACAGUACACGUUUGAGGAACGCGUACAGCGGCUCAUGCGCCCCCGAGCUCAUCUACGUUAAUAGCGGGAUGUGGGACGUGAUGCGCUUCUCACACGAGGACCUCGCGGCCGAGAAGAACAUCACUUUGUCUGUCGGGAGCAAUCGCCUCGCAUGGUACCGCCGCCGCGUUCGCGAGGCGCUCCCGUUCGUUGCCAACGAGUUUCCGAAGGCGUCAGUCUAUUGGUCCGCUACACACUACCGGUCCAGGACCGAGUGGGGCUCGCGCGUUGGGGCCUCGCGAAGGAGGGACAGGAAGAGCGUCAGAUCGACGAGUGAGUACUGGGCAGACCAAGCUGAUGCCAGUCCCCACCCCAAUUUCCUGCCUGGGGGGUAUCUGUGGGCAGACAUGGCGCUCCGGGACCUCCGGUCCGAGGUGCAAAGGCGGCGCGUGUAG